GAGAGUUCACCCUGACCGUGGACAUGUUCUACAUGCCCUGCGGCCUCAACGGUGCUGUCUACUUCGUGGAGAUGGACGCGGACGGCGGCCAGGCAGCGGCCGAGAAGACGGGCGGCGCCAACCGGGCCGGAGCCAAAUAUGGCACCGGCUACUGCGAUGCGCAGUGCCCGCAUGACCUGAAGUUUAUGGAGGGUAAGGCCAAUGUCAUCGGCUGGAAUGCGAGCCACGACCCUCCCAUCGGCAAGCACGGUGCCUGCUGUGCAGAGAUGGAUAUCUGGGAAGCGAACUCGCGAGCCACGGCCUACACGCCACACCCAUGCUCUAUCACUGGCACCUACAUUUGUGAAGGCAUUGACUGUGGCGACAACAGCAAGGACGAACGUUACCAGGGAGUCUGCGACAAGGAUGGCUGCGACUUCAAUUCCUGGCGUUUGGGCGACCAGAAGUUCUACGGCCGUGGGGCCAGGGACUUCAAGGUCGACAGCCGCAAGAAGGUGACGGUGGUCACUCAGUUCAUCACUGAAGGCAACCGGGAUGACGGAGACCUCAUCGACAUCCGUCGCUUCUACGUCCAAGAUGGCAAGGUGAUUCCCAACUCCAACGUGUCCAUUGCAGGGGUCCGAGGUGAUUCGAUUACCGACAAAGUUUGCUCCGAUAUGAAGGAAGCCUUCGGGGAUGUGGAUGACUUCAACCUGAAGGGUGGCCUGAAAACCAUGGGAGAAGCUUUGGACCGUGGCAUGGUGCUGGUGAUGUCCCUCUGGGACGAUGCGGAGGCCAACAUGCUGUGGCUGGAUGCGGACUAUCCCACCAGCAGGAGCCCCACAGUGCCUGGGGUGAACCGCGGGCCCUGCAACCAAGACACCGGGAGGCCCUCGUUUCUGAGAGCCAAGUUUCCGGAUGCGCGCGUGAAAUACAGCAACAUCAAGGUGGGCGCCAUCGGUACGACCUUCGGCACGGACGCGAGCAUGGCUGCCAGCGACGAUGGGAAGUGGGCCGACAACCGCCGACUCAACGAGGACGUCCUGGUCUGA